UUGCUCAAUCUCUAUAUUCAAUUUUUUUCUAUAUACAUCUAACUAAAAUGGUUGUUUCCGUAACCAAGAUGCUUUUCCAACGUAAUCUCAACUCACACGUAUCUAAGGCUUUUAUUUCCACUGAGACUAGUGAACGACACGAUUUUAAAAAAUCGUUUGAUUUGCUCUCUUCUGAAUUAAAAUCAUUUCGUGGCGAAUUGAAUUCUCGAAUUGAUAACUUAGAAGCAGCACAGAAGGAGACGAACAACAAAAUCGUGAGCCUGGAAGCGGCACAUAAAGAAAUGAAUACAACUUUAAAGUCGGAGAUCCACGUCUUAAAAGCAGAGCAAAAAGCUGAAUUUGCGGUUAUCCGAUCGGAUAACUCUGUUUUUAAGUCGGAAAUGACAAACACUUUCAAAUUAUUCAAAUCAGAAGUUAAAGAAGAUUUAAACAAAUUUAAAUCCGAAGUUAAAGAAGAUCUUAUAGAUAUGAAGGCUACUUUAAAGGUUAUGGACUCAAAAUUCAUCGGGAUUGAUGGAAAAUUGGCUGGGAUCAACUCGCAUUUAGGCGGUGUCAUUCAGCGUGUGAUCUCUAUUGGAACCAUAGUUGGUGGAGCAACUGGAUUGUUUAUGUAUUUUUUCAAAUCUGGUUCUCUUCCAUUUCAAAGUUCCCAAUCACACAAUCCCAGUGCAGUUGCUUGUUCUGUUAAUCCAAAACAGUAUGAGGAGUCUAAAGCUAUUCUUCCGUAUGGUCAUUUUACUUCUGAUGGACGUGUUGAUUCUGGGGCUAUUAAGCCACAACAAAGAAACUUUUAUGCUCCAAAUGAUCAUUCUACAAAAUCACAAUAUUAGAAUUUUUUGGUUGUUUUACGUUUGUGACUUCUACCUCAAAAACGUGUAUUUUUUCGUUGAAGGCGAUGGA